AUGAGUGACAAAUUGUUUAGAUUAAUUGCUGCCUCCCAACAAUACGACUGGGGUAAAAUUGGUUCCAAGUCUGCUGUUGCUCAAUACGCCACCCUUUCUGACCCUAAUGUUAAGAUUGAUGAAGCUAAGCCAUAUGCUGAAUUAUGGAUGGGUACUCAUUUGAAGGCUCCAUCCAAGAAUGCUGACUCGAAUGAAUUAUUAAAUGAUAUCAUUGCUAAGAACCCAGAAGGAACCCUAGGUAACGAUAUUAUCAAUAAAUUCCAUGCUAAGAAUGAAUUACCUUUCUUAUUCAAAGUUUUGUCUAUUGAAAAAGUGUUAUCUAUUCAAGCUCACCCAGAUAAAGCUCUUGGUAAGAUCCUACAUGCUCAGGAUCCAAAAAAUUAUCCAGAUGCUAACCAUAAACCAGAAAUGGCCAUUGCUGUUACUGAUUUUGAAGGUUUCUGUGGUUUUAAACCAUUAGGUGAAAUUGCCGAUGAAUUGAAACGUCUCCCAGAAUUUAGAAACAUUGUUGGUAACGAAAUUGCCGACCAUUUCAUUAACAAUUUUAAAGAAAAUGUCACUGUUGGUAGUGCUGACGAUGAAGCUAACAGAAAACUUUUACAAUCCGUCUUCAGUAAAGUUAUGAAUGCUCCUGAAGAUCAAAUAGUACAAAACGCACGUGCUUUGAUUAAGAGAGCUCAUGACAAUCCAGCUGAUUUCAACAAAUCAGAUUUACCAGAUUUAUUAAUCAGAUUGAAUAAACAAUUCCCUGAUGAUAUUGGUCUAUUCUGUGGUGGUCUAUUGUUGAACCACUGUAGGUUGAAUGCCGGGGAAGGUCUUUUCUUAAGAGCUAAGGACCCACACGCUUACAUCAGUGGUGAUAUCAUUGAAUGUAUGGCCGCUUCUGAUAACGUUGUCAGAGCUGGUUUUACACCAAAAUUCAAGGAUGUUAAAAACUUAGUCGAAAUGUUAACUUACAACUAUGGUACUGUUGACGAACAAAAGAUGGUUGCCGAAAAGUUCCCAAGAUCUAGCGGUAACGGUGAAUCUCUUCUAUACAAUCCACCAAUUGAAGAAUUUGCUGUCCUAGAGACCACUUUCAAGACUUCUACCGGUAAGAGACACUUUGAAGGUGUUGAUGGCCCAAGUGUGAUUAUUGUUACGAAGGGUAAUGGUAAGAUCAGCACAGGUGAUGUUAAGUUAGACGCUAACACUGGGUUCGUCUUCUUUGUUGCUGCUAACACACCAGUCGAUUUAGAAACUACUGACAGUACCUUUACUUCUUACAGAGCUUUUGUUGAACCAAACUAA